GGCGAGAAAGCCCGAUCAAGUUCACUUAGGAUCCGGGGACAUGGCACGAGAACUUCACGUGUGCCUGAUCCGUUAUUUCGCACGUCUAGAAAGGUUGGAUGACAAAUGGAAAGAAUUGUCGCAGAAGGCUGAGAGACCGCUCGAGGUUUUGGCUAAUCGGGCUGAACAAUUGCGUCACGUCACGAAUAGCGAAGAAAUAGACGGAGUGGAAGAUAGUGUAGACCAGGAAACGCGGGAAAGAUUGAUAUUUAAAAUCCUCAUGGGCUUCGAGGAAGAAAUCGCGCUUCUCUCAAAUAUUUUGACGCAACUAAAUGACGCGAAUCAGGAUUUGAAGAAUUAUUUGAUUAAUUUGGAAAACGCCAGAAGCAAGGUAUCUUUAAAGGAUGAGACGAUGCAAGAAUUAAUCAAGGGGACGCCUUAUCGACCAACACUCGAGUUACUUUUAGAAUGGGCCGUUGAAGGUUUUCAGUUUUUCCAUAACAUGUAUCUUCGUAUCAGUGAUUGUAUGAGAUUAAUUGAUUACAAAGAAGAGGAGACUAUUAAUAAUCUGACCUCAUCUUUUGUGGAAGAAAAGCGCGGAAGGAAGAAUAUUAAUAAGAUUCUUGCGUUCACGCAAUUUCUAGCUAAGGAGACUCUUCAUUAAGAAGACGAAGAUACAUAGAGCCGCUGAAGCAGAGAACUUCAAAUGGAUAAAAUUAAGUGAAUAAAGAAAUUUGAUAUACAUGGAUAAAUUAUAAUAAAAUUCUUUAAUAAAAUUCUUUCUUUUUAUAAAGAAAGAAUUAAUUGAAUUUUUAAUA